GGGGUGGCGUGGGCAAGAGAGGGUUAAAGGUGGGGCCAGCCCGACAAACAGGCGCACACGCUCCUUACUCAGACCUGUCACACGCGUCUCUCCGGCACUUAGCCGAGGCUGGGGGAGGGGGCCGAGGCCUGCACUGUCGGAACUCGCGCCUUCGGACCGAGCCCCCUCGCCGAAGCGCACACACGCUCCAGCGCGCGCACACACCUCGGACAUUCCCAUAGUGCCUCACGUGACACUCGGCCCGAACGUGCCCACCCUACCCACACGCUCACGCACGCGUGCUCACACGCGCACACACACAACCUCUGGUCGCUUCUGAACUCCGCGCUGACCCGGGUCCUCCGCCCCGCAAAAGCGCUCAUUGACGGCGGCACACCUACACUCAUUCACAGACACACACUCCCCCCCACAUGCCAGCCACAGCCACACAUUCAUAAACAGGGCCGGGAGAAGUACACACGCACCCCCUCGCUGCCUACUCGUUUUGGGAGCCCUGAGUCAUUCCUGCCCCCCUCCCAGGACUCCCCAUUUCCCUGAGUGCAGGCACAAUAGGACAAGCUGGAAUCUCCCUUAAUGGUCUUGGUUCCCCUAGGCCCCCUUGCCCAGUUUGCUGCCUCUGACACUCAGCCAAGGACUUCCUGUAGGUCUGCUGCGCCUGGACGGUUGCCACAGCCCCGGUGCACUUGGGGAGGCACUUCCUUUUCCUGAACUCUGGGAUCCUGCGGGAGGAAGUUGGGCGGGGGCCGCAGAGGCCAGGCUGACUGGCGGGACUGGCCGUCCAGAAGCGCUGGCCUUCCUUAGAUACAGGCGACAGAGGCCUGGGAUGGGAAUCUUGGCGGCUGUCGAGGAGGCCCAGUGUGGGCUGAAGCCCUUACCAUGGAGUCCAUGUUUGAAGAUGACAUCAGCAUCCUGACCCAAGAGGCCUUGGGGCCCAGUGAGGUGUGGCUGGAUGGUCCUGGAGACCCGUCACUGGGAGGGGACAUGUGCUCUGCCUCCCAUUUUGCUCUCAUCACAGCCUAUGGAGAUAUCAAAGAGCGGCUAGGAGGCCUGGAGAGAGAGAAUGCCACCCUCCGCCGUCGCCUCAAAGUCUAUGAGAUUAAGGCACAGAGUGGUCAUGGGAUGGGAAGCCAGGCUUCUCUGAGGACUAACCUCCCACAGUAUCCGCUGAUCACCGAUUUUGGAGAAGAGCAUGGCUUCCCUCUGUAUGAAAUCAAGGAUGGCUCCCUGCUGGAGGUGGAGAAGGUCAGUCUGCAGCAACGGCUCAAUCAGUUCCAACACGAGUUGCAGAAGAAUAAGGAGCAGGAAGAACAGCUCGGGGAGAUGAUCCAGGCUUACGAGAAACUGUGUGUGGAGAAAAGCGACCUGGAGACAGAGCUGGGGGAGAUGCGAGCUCUGGUAGAGACACACCUACGGCAGAUCUGUGGUUUGGAGAAACAGCUGCAGCAACAGCAAGGCCUCCGGGAUGCAGCUUUCUCCAGCCUGAGCCCCCCAGCGGUCCCUGCCACAGCCUGUCCUGACCUGGACCUGCACUAUCUGGCUCUGAGAGGGGGACCUGCCUUGGGUCAUGCAGGCUGGCCUGGCCCUACCAGUGUAAGUGUGAGUGAGUUGGAGCGGAGACGCCUGGAAGAGGCCCUGGAGGCUGCGCAGGGGGAGGCUCGGGGAGCUCAGCUCCGGGAGGAGCAACUCCAGGCAGAAUGUGAGCGGCUUCAGGGAGAGCUGAAGCAGCUGCAGGAGACCCGGGCCCAGGAUCUGGCCUCCAACCAGUCGGAAUGUGGCAUGGCUUGGGUAAAGAGAGUUGGGGACGAUCAGGUGAACUUGGCACUGGCCUAUACAGAACUGACCGAGGAGCUGGGUCGCCUUCGGGAGUUGAGUUCCCUGCAGGGGAGGAUCUUGAGGACUUUGCUACAGGAACAGGCCCGCAAUGCAGGCCAAAGGCACUCACCGCUGUCACAACGUCACUCCCCGGCCCCCGCGUGCCCCUCACCCUCCCCACCUGCCCGACCGCCGCCCUGUGCCCCAUGCCAGUCCCCCGCUGCACAGCGCCGUUCGCCCGUGCCCCCGUGCCCUUCACCCCAGCAGCGCCGCUCGCCCGCCUCGCCGUCCUGCCCGUCGCCGGUCCCACAGCGCCGCUCGCCGGUGCCGCCGUCGUGCCAGUCGCCCAGUCCGCAGCGCCGCUCGCCUGUGCCACCCAGCUGCCCGGCCCCGCAGCCCCGGCCACCGCCACCACCGGGGGAGAGGACGCUGGCCGAGCGUGCCUAUGCUAAGCCGCCCAGCCACCACGCCAAGGCCGGCUUCCAGGGCCGCCGCAGCUACUCGGAGCUAGCGGAGGGGGCGGCCUACGCUGCUGCCUCCCCCGCCUGGCUGCAGGCCGAGGCUGCCACGCUCCCUAAGCCCCGCGCCUAUGGCGGAGAGCUCUACGGCCCGGGCAGGCCGCUCAGCCCGCGCCGAGCCUUCGAGGGCAUCCGCUUGCGCUUUGAGAAACAGCCAUCGGAGGAAGAGGAGUGGGCCAUGCCCGCCAGCCCGCCCAGUCCCGAGGCGAGCACCAUCCGCUGCGCCUCAUUCUGUGCGGGCUUCCCCAUCCCAGAGUCACCUGCGGCCACCGCCUAUGCCCACGCUGAGCACGCACAGUCCUGGCCAUCCAUCAAUCUACUGAUGGAGACGGUGGGCUCCGACAUCCGAAGUUGCCCCCUCUGCCAGUUGGGUUUCCCUGUCGGGUACCCAGAUGAUGCCCUCAUCAAACACAUUGACUCCCACCUGGAGAACAGCAAGAUCUAGGGCACCUCUCCCACAACUGUUUCUCUGUUCUCUCUCAUCACCCCGAACUCUCACUUUGAAUGCUGCAUGAACCUCGUGGGCCCCGCCCCUUGCGGCCCCCAGAUACCUCCACUGGCUACCGAGUCGAUGUGUGUGCCGCCUUCCCUGGUCCAGGCGCCACCCAGCUCCGGCUCUUUCCUGGAGGUCGACCAAGGCUCCCACAUCUUCCUGGUUCCUCCUGGGGAGUGGGGAUCUGGUCUGGGAUGAGGAGGACAUACCCUCCACCUCUCUCUGCCUUUCUGUCCUUCAACAGGGUUGUCUCCAAGAGGAAGUCUAGUACUCAUGGGAGGGAGAGGAAGAGGUGUCAAGAGCUCUGGGAGCCCCUUCCCAAUGUCUGUCUUUCCUGGGCUGGGUUCUUCCAGGAAGAACCUCUUGGUAGGGUCUCAGAGCCCGCCCUGCACACCGACGCCAGCCCUCUGUCUCAUGACCGACCAGCUUGGGGCUCGUGGUACUGGGGAAAGAGGCAUCUUGUUUCUUGUUGUCACUGCAGGCCAGCUCUGUUCUCCCCCUCUGUACACCCUGGGAAACUGGAAUGGUGGCAGAGGGGUGGGAGGACCCUGCAGGCCUUGGAUGAUCCAGCCCAAAGGGGCUGCCUUGAGGCUAGGACUCCUGGGCCAUUACCCUCAGUCCAGGGGACUGCACCAGCCUCACAGGCCUGGGCCCUUCAGGAGCCCCUGGCACUAAGGUGCAGAUCACCAAGGCAGAUGCCUCCACCCUGCCCCCUACUGCAGCUCCUGACACCACAGGUUCCCCAGAGCCCAAGUGUGACUCAGCCUGCGUUUGCUGGGUGGGUGUUAUCAGCCCCUCCCUCCCAGGCCAGAACCUGAGAUUGGGACCUGGGUGCUGUGGAGAUCAAUUUCAAAAGAGCUAACCCCCUUCCCAAACCCACCCCCCAUUCCCUCUGUGAAAUCUACCUCAGAGUCGUCCCCUUAGAAAGACAGGGGAGUGGGAGGCUGGGGCCCCAGGCUGAGGUGGGAGCCUCCUGAGGGAGUCUGCUGCCCACUAUGAAUCCACCCCUCACUUUGAGCCUCCCUGGGGCCUUGGCCGGCCGAUGCCAGUGAAAACCACUGUCAUCCCAUGUGCCAUUCUGAUCCAAAUCUUCCAGGCCCUCUCCCCACACCCCUCCUUCCUCUGUGCAGGGGGUGAGGGGUACGUCAGCAGGGAAGGGGCCAAGGACUCCAGAGACUUGUCAUUGUACCCUGAGUGUUCCCCAGAGAGGGGACAUGGGGAAGGGGGCCUGUAGAGGGGAGAGAGAGCCAAGUGCUCUCUGAACAAGUUGAAAGUCCAAAUAAAACGUACCUGUUCCAUCUG